AACUUCAAGAUCCUGGCGACGCAGCUUAAAAAAGUUAUCCCCUUUGUUUACCUUUACCGUUUUCGUAAGUUAGUUUGCUAGCUAUAAUUCAUAAAAUACAAAAUGAACAGACAAGUAGAGUAUGAUUCAUAUGAGAUAGAGGAGCCAAGUGAUGAAGAAAGAGCUGAAGACAGGUAAUUGUGGUUGCAUGGUUUGACGUUAGGUAGCAUUUGGCCCAGCUAGCACACUAACGUAAGCUGGUCGUCCAAUGCAAGCAUGGUUGCUAGUGAUGCUAUCUAGCUAGUAGCCGAACAGUAACAUGUAAACAGGUGUCAAUGUUAAAUGUUUGGGUACAGUAUUGUGUUUACAUAUUCUAUAGCGUGAUUUGCCCCAGUCCUGUUAUAAAGAAGUACUUUAUUAUUGCGGCGCAAAGUUGACCAAUAACUGUCCACUAUUAAAACUGUACAUCAUCAAGACCCUCCUAAUUUGUUGCUGUAUUUCCAGCUCUGAGGAUGAGCUGGAUGUGCUCUUGAACGGGACCCCGGAUCAGAAGAGGAAGCUCAUCCGAGAAUACCUGACUGGGGAGAGUGAGUCCUCCAGUGGGGAUGAGUUUGAGAAAGAGAUGGAGGCAGAGCUCAGCACCACCAUCAAGACUAUGGAGUGCAAAUGGGCGUCACCUACAGCACCAGCAGGUGGAGUUUUCUUCUAGCAUCAAUCGUUUUUUGUGUCUUUUUGGGCGGCGGCUAUGCACACUGUUGUUCUGUUAUGAAUAGUGAUAACACUUCAACUGCAUUUACUGAAUUUGCCUUGUAGAUUUUGUUCAGAUGUGCGAGUUGGCCAUUUUAUCUCUAUCAACAGGGGUGCAACUUUGGUUUUAGAAGUGUGGGGGACAUAACCUGGCAGGGGGCCAUCUAAAGCUCAUUUCCUGCAUUUCUACACAAUCUAUGACCCUUUUGGGGGUCAUUUUUAUUGUAAAUAAGAAUUGAAUGUUUCUAAACACUUCUACAUGAAUGUGGAUGCUACCAUGAUUAUGGAUAAUCCUGAAUGAAUAGUGAGUGAGAAAGUUAUAGAUGCAUAAAAAUAUAUAUUUUUAAAAAGUCAAAUGGCAGUUACCUUGCCAGCUACAUCAGUCAAAUAAAGAGUAGCCAGUUUAUGCUCUGCUUGCUUUUACAACUCGGAAAAAAAGCACAACACACACAGAGAAUAGAUGCCUCUGUUCGCACACUCUGUGGUGUCCGCGCGUUCCUAAAUCCAGCCGGCUGAAACCACCAAACAGCCUACCCUAACGCGCUGAGGUGUCCGCAUGGUCCUAAAGCCCACCGAUCCCUCUUUUUGUAUCACAAUGCAAUGAUAAAACUGGGGGGGACAAAAAUGCUAUUUCAGAAUGUGGGGGGUUAUGUCCCCCCUGUCCCCAGUGAACGUUGCACCCCUGUCUAUCAUUAACAUUGUACUGCUGUACUCAUUAAUAACAGUGUCCAUCUGUCCAUCCCAGGAGAGGCUUUGGGUACCAAUGACAAUGCUGCAACACCUGGGUUACCACAGCCAGAGCUUUAUGACAAUGUUUAUUUUGACUCCGAUUCAGACGAGGAGGAAACUGCUCCAAGUAAGUGUGUAGCUAGGAUUCAUUGGUAAACCAAACAUUGACUCUGAGGGCACAGAUUAAGCCCUAACCCUGGAUUAAAAAGGACAGAGUCCUAUUGUUGUACAGAUGAUGCAAUACAAAAACAUGAUUGUUUGAUCCUCUUCUGCAGGCAGUUCCUCGGGUCAGAGACGCAGGAAACAGCGAUCCAUCCCCACCAACGAUGAACUACUGUACGACCCUGAUAAGGAUGACCGGGAUCAGGCAUGGGUGGACGCCAAGAGGAGGAGGUAAGCAAUGCAUCCAUCAUACAAAAUGUUACAAAAGUGUUUUUGUGUGUAAUAACAGGGUGAAGUUUGAAAGAAAAUCCAAAUAUUUAGGGUGUUUCCCCCGGAUCCAGAUUAGUAAAGCAUGCUCAGUGGAGAAUUUCCAUUGAUAGUGCUUUUUAGUCCAUGAGUAGGGUUGGUUGAAGUCACAUAUGUCAAUUAUGUUCCCCUAUUGCCUAUUUGAUCAGGUACAACGAAAAGAGAAGAUUGCCAUCUUCACGAAACAGAAGAGGGCAGUCCCAGGGGCUUCCAAGCAGCGAUGCUGUCCUUAACUGCCCAGCAUGCAUGACCACCCUGUGCCUCGACUGUCAAAGGUAGGAAAUAAAGAGUUAAUUUGGCUGUGAAUAUAGUCUUGAACCGAGCUCACAGCAUGUUACACAGCCAAACAAACCCACUACAAUUGGAAAGGUUUAACAAUUUUGGGAAAGAUUUGUCUGAGACGACCUCUUGUUUGUUUUUGUCUACAGGCAUGACAAAUACAGGACCCAAUACAGAGCCAUGUUUGUCAUGAAUUGUACAGUAAACAAAGAGGAGAUUUUACGGUAUAAAACACUCAAUGAGAGAAAUCUGAGCAGAAAGAGGAGGAAAGGGCGUCAACCAGAUCCAACCGCAUCAACAACAACCGCAAUUGAAGCCACAGAUUCAGGAGCGGUGUUGGGGAUGGGCGGAGAGGAGAUCUACCAUCCUGUUCAGUGUACAGAGUGCUCCACUGAGGUGGCAGUGCUCGAUAAGGACGAGGUCUACCACUUUUUUAACAUCCUCGCCAGCCACUGCUGAAGAUACACCGUUGAUGUGACCUUUGUGAUAUCCCUGAUAAGACUUUUGGUGACUGAAUGCACAUGCCAACAUCUUUAUGGUAUUAUACAGGGGUGUAUUAUCAUGUAAAGAUUUGCUGUACAGCCACUGGCCUCCAACCUUAUAUUAAGUUUACCCCUAUGGUAUUUAUAGUUUUUUU